AGGGUGUAGACAGUAGAGAGUAGACUCCUCUUAAACCCCGACUUCCUCGGCUCUAUACCCUUAAACCCUAAUAUCUCUCUCUAUAUCUCUCUCAUGGCUUCCCUACCGUUGAAGAAAAACUACCGCUCCGUGCCGGCGCUGCAACAGUUCUACACGGGCGGGCCCUUUGCGGUGGCAUCGGAUGGCUCGUUCAUCGCGUGCGCGUGCGACGAGUCGAUCAGGGUCGUCGAUUCGUCCGACGCCUCGAUACGGUCCACGAUUGAAACCGACUCGGACGCUCCCUCGGCCUUGGCGCUUAGCCCCGACGACAAGUUUCUCUUCUCCGCCGGUAAAAGUCUCCAGAUUAGGGUCUGGGACUUGUCCACCCUCAAGUGCGUGCGUUCUUGGAAGGGCCAUGAAAGUCCAGUGAAGGCUAUGGCAUGCCACUUGUCUGGAGGAUUGCUUGCAACUGCAGGAGCUGAUCGGAAAGUCCUUGUUUGGGAUGUUGAUGGUGGCUUUUGCACUCAUUUCUUUAAGGGCCAUGCAGGGGUUGUUUCCUGUAUUAUGUUCCAUCCUGAUCCAAAUAAGUCACUACUUUUCUCCGGAAGUGAUGAUGCAACAAUACGUGUCUGGGAUAUUUUACACAAGAAGUGUGUUGCAACAUUUAAAAAACAUGAUUCAGCAGUAACUUCUAUGGCUAUAUCUGAAGAUGGACGGAUUUUGCUCACUGCUGGAAGAGAUAAGGUUGUACACUUGUGGGACCUUCAUGAUUAUGGUUUCAAAAAGACUGUACUUGCAUAUGAGGUACUUGAGGCUGUGUGUGUAAUUCGUUCUGGGAGCCUUUUUGCUUCCUGCGUGGCUUCAUUUUAUGAGCAAAGUGGGAAGAAAACAAGUGGGUCAUCAGCAAUUCAUUUUAUCACAGUUGGUGAACGUGGGAUUGUAAGAAUAUGGAACUCUGAAAGUGCAGCUUGCUUGUUUGAGCAAAAGUCAUCUGAUGUUACUGUCAACUCAGACAUGCGUAGGGGUUUCACAUCUGCAGUUAUGUUACCUUCAGAUCAAGGGUUGCUUUGUGUGACUGCCGAUGAGCAGUUUCUUUUCUAUGUCCCUGUAGAGCACUCUGAGGAGAUAUUUAAACUUACCCUAAGCAGAAGACUUGUAGGAUACAAUGAAGAGAUUGUGGAUCUGAGGUUUUUAGGUGAAGAGGAACAAUUUCUUGCUGUUGCUACAAACCUUGAACAGGUACGAGUGUAUGACCUAGAAGCCAGGUCAUGUUCUUAUGUAUUGGCUGGUCAUACUGAAACUGUUCUAUGCCUUGACACCUGUGUAUCAACUUCUGGAAGAACUUUAAUUGUAACAGGAAGCAAGGACAAAAGUGUUAGGCUGUGGGAAGCAGGAAGCGGAUGUUGCAUUGGAGUUGGUGUAGGUCAUACGAAAGCUGUUGGAGCCAUUGGUUUCUCAAAGAAGCAGAAAGACUUCUUUGUUAGUGGUAGUCGUGAUCUUACUCUUAAAGUGUGGAGUUUGGAGAGUAUGUUAGAUGAGGUGGUACAGCCUCUUAAUUUGAAAGCAAAAGCACUUGUAAAAGCUCAUGAUAAGGAUAUCAAUUCUCUAGCUAUUGCACCAAAUGAUAGUUUAGUCUGCAGUGGUUCUCAGGAUAAAACUGCUCAUGUUUGGAGGCUUCCAGAUCUGGUAUCAGUUGUUGUGCUUAAAGGGCAUACAAAGGGGAUUUGGUCGGUAGAGUUUUCUCCUGUUGAUCAAUGUGUCAUAACAGCAUCUGGUGAUAAAACAAUAAGGAUGUGGGCUAUUUCUGAUGGUUCAUACUUGAAAAUAUUUAUGGGGCAUGUAUCAAGUGUAUUAAGAGCAUCCUUUCUUACUCGUGGGACCCAAUGUGUUUCUUGCGAUGCUGAUGGUGUGGUAAAGCUAUGGACUGUAAAAACCGAGGAGUGCAUUGCUACAUAUGAUAAGCAUGUGGACAAGGUUUGGGCCUUGGCUGUUGGGAAGAAGUCAGAAAUGCUUGCUACUGGUGGCAGGGAUGCUGUUCUCAAUUUGUGGUAUGAUUGUACUGCCGAUGAUAAAGAGCAGGUGUUCCGUAAAGAAGAAGAAGGGGUUCUGAAAGGUCAAGAUUUAGAAAAUGCUGUAUCAGAUGCUGACUACACUAAAGCAAUCCAAAUUGCAUUUGAACUUCGCAGGCCUCGCAAACUUUUUGAGUUGUUUGCUGAACUUUGCAGGAAGGGAGAGGCUGAAGCACAUAUAGAUAAAUUCCUUGAUGCUCUUGGCACAAAAGAGUUUGAUCUACUGUUUGAAUAUGUUCGAGAGUGGAAUACAAAAACAAAGCUCUGUCAAGUUGCACAUGUCGUGCUUUUCAGAGUUUUCAACAUCCUUCCUCCAACAGAGAUUACUAAGAUAAAAGGAAUAGACGUACUCCUUGAAGGUCUUGCCCCAUUUUCUCAAAGGCAUUUCAGCAGGACAGACAGGAAUGUAAGAGACACAUUUUUGGCCAACUAUGUUCUGACAGAAAUGUCAGUUAUUGAACCAGAAAUUGAUGCAGAAGAGAGGAAAGUUGAGUCUUUGAUGCAUUCUGAUGUCAAGAACGCGGAUAGGGUGCUUUUGACGGGAAAUGCUGAUGCGGAGCCCAAAAAUACUUCCGAAGAUCUGAAGGCAUCCUCGAAAAAACGGAAAUCAAAGAAAUCUAAAGACAGUUCAAGCAAGAAAGCUAAGGGUGUGGCAUACACGAAGGUUGAAGCUAUUUCAUAGCCGGCAUGACACAUCUCAGACGCUUUCACCCUGUUGUAUUUAUUCAAUUUUGAUUAGGCAGGCCUCUUUGGUCUUAGAUUCCUUCACGAGUGUUUGCGCGAAAGUGCAAUGUUCCAAUCCAAUUUGUAAAAUAUGUGCCUUUCAUUCUUCUUUUUCUCUUGUUUAACCUUAAUCAACCCCUUUCUUUUUUUGGUGAUCUAAUCAUUAGUAUAUGAACCCUCGACACUCAGAGAGUCAGAAAACAUUACGUACUGAAUUCUGAUGCCCAAGGCAAUGCUUAUUUUGAGUUUUUUAUGUGCUGCAAAACCGUGACAGAGAUUUUUUUUUUUGGUUAUUUUUCCUCUGUUUUUUAUACGAAAAACUUCUCUUCU